GUCGAAGCCUCGACCGUGCGUCUUCUAUCACGGAAUUGGCAACUACCACGAAAUGGAAGAGCUGCAAGAUACUCCUAAGAACACCAGCGGUAGAAUGGGGAAAAUGAACGACCACGCGCCGUGCUGCACCACGGUCAAGUACGCCGUCCUGAACACGAUGGACUACAGCUGGACGAGCGACUCGCUGCAGCAGAAAUUCUGCGAUCGCGCCCUCAGAUUGAGCGAAACCAGCGACGCGGAGUCGGGGAUUAUCGAAGACACGGUGGUCGUGACCCACUCGAUGGCUGGACUCGUGAUGUCGAUGGCUCUUGCAACGGGCAAGUGCAGCUUCGGGGAAGGCUCGUCGUGGGUUGCUAUCAGCUCUCCAAUGACGGGGACCAUGGCUGCCGACUACUUUCAGGACUUCUGCAACGACGAGAUCAGUGACUUUGCAACGGAAUUGCUGGACGCCAUUGGCCAAUGUCCGAUGCCAGUUUCUAGACGAUCGCUGAUGUAUGAGAACGGGAAGUACGCGACCAAGAAGUUGAGUGCGGCGUAUGCUGCUGCUCAGGAAGCAUACAGAGGGAAUGUCAGUGCUGCGAUGUGCAGUGACAGCUACGUGGGCCUCUUUUCCGUGUACCGGCCGAUCAUGACCGCGACCGGGAAGAUUGUUCCACACAAGUCUUCAGAAAACGACGGCUUGGUGGAGUAUCAGAGCUGCGCGAGGGGGAUUAAGACUAAAGGUUUCGGCAAUACUUACAAGGAUACGUUCUAUGCAGCGAAGUUGAACCAUGCCGACACGGUGUUCUUGAUCGGCGACGGACUGUUUGGGGAUUCGAGGAAGCCGGUGAAGUGGACUCGAAGCAAAACUUGUAUUGUGGAAACCGAUUAAAUUGCCCGAGCGGAUUAGCUGAUAAAGCAGCGUUCAUGAGAGAUUUGUCUGGUACUAAAUCGGGAAUCCUUAUGAUUUCAUAUGGCAUUGGUAAGGGUAUAAAUCGGUGUAAGGUUAAUAAAAUGGGGGUUGCCUCAUUACCCGCCAGAAAUACGACGAGCGACCACUUACCGCCACGAGCUGAGUGAUUCGCGUACCGGUACCUACUAACGAGAAAUAGCAUCGCGUGUAUUAAAUACGCUUCUGUGAGCUUCGAUGUGUACUGCUAUCUAUUUAUCAAGUUCUGAAGUCAUGUAUUUGCGCUGUCAUUUCUCGUCAGCAUUAGCGUUUGUCGGUUUUACUUUAAAUCGGCCGCCGAAUGCCGUGUGGGUGUCGGACAUUCGGGCUGAUUAGCAUGCAAAUCAGCCUUCCCGGGCUUUGUAAGCCGUGGAGCGGCUAAAUCAGCUUGCCACAUGGCGUUGUAGGCACAACUGACCUCUCUGUCAAAUCAGAGUACAAAUCUUAGUCUGUCGAUCUAAUUAGGAGGUCGGAUUUAGCAAAUCAGACCCGAUUAAGCUUAAUCAUCUGCUUAAUCAACCGAUUUAUAUCCCAAUUAGACAAUCUAAUCGGUUUCCACAAUAUAUUGAUUACGGCCAGAAAAUAGGGAAGCAAGUGCAAGAAUAAGAAGAAAACAUCAUGCCAAUAUCCAGAAUGAAAGUGUAUAUAAUAAUACAUGCAACGCCUACGAGCUGAACCGCGUGUGCUAUGUACUGCUUAUCCCAUGAAAACAACGAGUGCGAAAUAAAAAAUCGGAUUUUUUAUGAAGCAAACAUAUUCGUGAAGUAAUAUAUUAUGUUUUGUUCCUACACUUACAGAUACUGUAGCGAAGCAGUAUUAUACAGUGCGUGCUAUCCCUUCCACGAGCAAUCGAAAAUAUGCGGAGUUCCAGCCACAGUAGUCGACAGUAAUCAUCGAUCGAUUGAACACUCAGGAGUGUACGGUCACGAGUGUCAAACUGCGAUUCAUGGCAAGUUGACGAUAAGCGUUGUCGGCCAGCGCCUUAAAGUGUGGUGAUCUGAAAAGUGGUACAGUAUGUCACCGAAACCGAAACUGAGAAUGCGUUGGCUGAUUGAAAACAGGAGAGGCAAAGCGCAGUGAUCACCACAUGCCGCUCAAGACCAAGUGCCAAAACCAUAACAAUAGUGGCUUGUUCAACAAGUGCGUAAACGCCAUACAUCGGGACUAAAGAAGCGCCCAGAUGUAAAGUCCACCUCGUAUGGUCGUCAAAGCACAUCCUCAAGACGACGCUGCACAAACCAACACCACAAUCUCACUUUUGCUUUUCCAGCCCGACGAAAGGAAGGAAGCUCCUCGGUCCAGACAUGAAGGGCGUAUUUGUUGUCGGGGCUCUUGCUUUGGUUUCGCUGCUGGGCGUCACGGCCGACCAAAACCAAGCUUCAACUUCGCUACCUUCUGUCAGAAUCCGCACUUCGGCCAAGCGCAAGUCUACGGCCACCCACGGACAGUCCGAGUUCGACACGUUCGCCCUCCCAGUGCUGUCGAGCGACAAGUCCACCGUGCUGUACGAUGGCUACACCACGUUCGUCGAGAAUGGCGUGGAGUUUACCUACUCGCUCAUCAACGGCGCGUGGUAUUUGGAGACGAAAGGCUCCGGUGCUACCGGAGAGCAGUCGGCCCGGUGUCUGUCGUCAGGCCCCGUACCAGUCAACGCUCUCAUGCAGUCGGUGAACGACGCGACUCCGAUCUCGAGUGCGUCAAUUGGUGACGACAACAUCAAGUGUACCGACGGCAAGCAGCUCCAGACUUCGUUCGAUGGCACAGACUACGCUCUUUGUGUGUCGGGGACGUCCGGUUUUACCGCUUACAGCAGCGACUUGAAGGUUGAAGUGGAGUAUUUGAACACCCCCGUGAAGGUGCCCUCGCCGACUUUGAGUGACACGGCGAAGUCUUGCCCUAAAGUGGAGAAGCCGGUCCCCGUGGCAUCGACAGCUCCCAAGACAAGAAGUUUGGAGCAAGCGUCGCACAUGGCGAUGGCUGCGUCGACGUGUGGAUGCAAGUCGAAGCCCCGGCCGUGUAUUUUAUUCCACGGCUUGGGCAACAAACGUGAGGAACCGCUGCUGCAGGACACGCCCAAGCUGGUGUCGGGGAAGCUCGGCAGCAUUAGCGGUCACGCUCCUUGCUGCUCGUCCAUCAAGUACGCCGUGCUGAAUACUGACGCCUUUGGCUGGACGAACGAUGCGCUGCAGCAGAAGUACUGCUCGCACUCGCUUUCUAUGAGUAAAACCAGCAACGUGAGCUCCAAGACGAUCGACGACACGAUCAUUGUGACGCAUUCAAUGGCUGGACUGGUCAUGGCUGGCGCGCUUUCAACGGGAAAAUGCAAGUUCGGAGCUGGGACCUCGUGGGUGGCGCUGAGUCCUCCGAUGAAGGGCAGUAUGGCUUCGGACUACCUUCAGAACUUUUGCACCGGAAAGUUUACUGGGAUCGCGAGUAAAUUACUGGAACUUCUUGGAGAAUGCCCGACGUCCAAGUCUCGUCUUACGACCUUCUACCAGAACGACAAGCUGAGUCCACCGGCGUUGAACGCGGCGUACGCUGCGGCCCAGAAAGCAUACGCCGGCAACGUCAGUGCCGCAAUGUGCAGUGACGACUACGCCGGACUGUACUCCGAGUACCAGGCUGUGAGUAUUCUAGCAGGAAAGCUGAUCCCGCACAAGUCGUCCAAGAAUGACGGACUCGUCGAGUUCCAGAGCUGCCAGGUCGGCCUCGAUGCAGCCAAGUUUGGCUCCACCUACACGAGCAAGUUCUACAAGCCCACACUGAACCAUGCAGACACGGCGUUCCUGAAUGGCGAUGGACACUUCGGAGACGCCCGGAAGCCCGUCAAAUGGUUUGAAUGUCUGCUGUAAACUGGCUGAAGUGGCGACAGCACAUCGGGAAGCCCCUGGAGUGAAUGAUACAAGCAGGAAACUUACCAAUAGACGAAAUUUGUGUCCAUACUUUUAUUUCCCAUUUCCAAUACAUACAUCUCCUGCAUUUGUGAUAAGGUCAUGCUCUUUUGGUAGGGGGUUGUGAUACGAAUCUAUCACAGUUGCCGUGAAUGACCUGUUGAUCCGUGACACUUUGACUCGGCUUGAGUAUGGUGCGAUAUAAAUGAGGUAGAUUUACGGCAACUCGAAAAUGGCGAUAAACCAAAAGACCACGCACGACGAGAACGAUGAUGCAGACGGCGUGAGCUCCGUGAACGGGGCCUUUGUGGCGGCCAUCAAGACAUCGUCGGCGAGGCGAGGGCGGCGACGUGCACCAAGAGCGGCGCCGCACCAACGGUGCGGGUAGUGGCUGCAGCUGCCUGCCAAUUCCUCUGCACUGCUCAUAUCGGACGACCCCAUCACGCUGUCGGUCG